AUGGGUAGACAAGAGCAUCGCGACAUGGAAUCGCUGUACCCAGGACACUGGGACUCCAAGCUUGAUCCCGACAUCCAUAACAUCCGAACAAAAGCUGUAGGUCCACCCCACCACUGCCGGAUCUGCCAUGCCACAGCCAAGCCUAUCUGCUAUCUGAAAUUGCACUUCGCAUUCUGCGUCGCUCCCAUAGAGGUUAAAGGUAAGCCAGACAUCUGCGGCGAACGUUUCUGCCCGAAGAGUCAGGACGGUUGCGCUACGCACCCAUAUAACCACGGCUUCAACACAAUGGUCAAGGAAGCUUUCAAGGGCGUCAAGUCAAUCUCAGAAGCAAUGGAGGAGCUAAACGCGCAGAAGCUCCAGGCACUCUCAUUAGAGCCGGAGGAGCCCGAAGACGCACCGAUCCUUACCUACGAGGAAUACAAUGAACUGGCCAAGCAGAAGGCCCUGGAGGAGAAGCGCUUUAGGCAUACAGCCAUGACCGCGGCUAGAACUGUCCUAAAGACUAAGGGCAAUACCAAGGUGUCAAAAUUGACGGCGGCGAUGAUGAAGUCGUCACUGAAAGGUAAUGAGUAG